AUCAACUGCAACAGAGAUGUUUCCUCCAAUCAUCUUUAGUGCCCGAUUUAGAAGCAAGUCCUCAUCUUUGUGUCAAACGGAAACAUUCAUGGGUUCUUAACUCCCCUGUUAGUGUAAAAGCAGCAGCAGCAAAGAAGUUUGACAACACAACAAGCACCCAGGCAAAAUGAUACAAUGCAGUAGGUGAUAUGUGUCUCGAAGGUUUUGAGUUACUAAAGUUCAUGUUAAAAAUAAACAUGAAUUAAAAUGGAUUAUUCUAUUAAGCAAACAUCCACUCUAAUCAUACAAAGAUCAGAUAUCCAAUUCACAAACAAUUAAGCCAUAAAAAAUUAUCACACAUCCACCACUUUUGAUUGCCUAAAUUUGGUUUUUCGCAAAGUUAUGGACUCUUAAGGGUAACGUUCAUGGGUAGUCUGUUUCAUAACUCUAGAAAGCACAGUAAGCAGCCACCAGCCAGACACAGUGCGGUAGGCGAAUAUGAUUCUCAAUUCACAAUUUCUCACCACCGGAAGUAAGAACAGACCAUAAUAAGCGUAGCGUUCAUGGGUGGUCUGUUUCAUAGCACUACUACACAAUUUGUUAAAAAAGAAAUAAAGGUCUUUAGCAUCACGACGGAACAACUUUUACAGGCCAACAACGACAACAUGAUGCAACAAUGAAAAUGGAAUGUCUCCUUAGUAGAGUAUAUUAUAAGCAAAUUCCCUUCUUUGUGACCUGAUACGAAUCAAUAGUAUGUAUCCUUUAAAUUUGUAUACAUGUUGUAACAAGAUCUGGCCGGUCCCAAAGCUAUUCAGGAAAUGGAACUUCCUUUUGAAGGGUGUGCUGCAAUGUGUGAAAUGAAUGUAAAUACGUUCCAAUGCUCUUAUCUAUCAGAAUGAAUGGGAAAUACUAGUGGCUUGUGGCGAGGAACCCUGUAAUGGUUAGUCUGAUGUGGGCAUGGUUUGGUUUCUCGAACGGAUGUGGUCUUGAAUUUGAAUGGACGAUAGGAAGGUAAUAUUCGUUAUUCCCUUCAUUUGCCUGGACGAUAGAAAAGGCAGAGUAUGACAAAUUUGCGAAAGGUGGUGUUGGCCAUCUUGUAGACCAGUCGAUCAUUUUAAUUUAAUGACUAGAAUGAGCGGAAUCCGCACCACCAUGUGUUAGCUUGCUGCCGCCACUCGCAUCGUAUCCCCUCUGAACUCCAUUCUUCUCCGGAUCUUGGCUCCUCGAAGCUCUUCUUCCAUUAGCUGAUGUUCAAUGGCAUUUCUACUCCCCAAUUUCUCGCCCCCUCUCCUUACUGCCAAUAACAAUCCCAAGGAGAAGCCAUCAACCAGCUUUCAACUUCAGUCUUCGAGUUAUCUGUCGUCCUUAGCUGCCACCGCCACCGCAGCGGCGGAGCCGGCGGGUUCCAGCGCAUCUCCUUCACCUCCUCUGCUUAACAGCUCGCCUCCUCCCGCCACCAAUCUCAACCACCGCAACAAUGAUUUCUACGUCAACUUGGGGUUGGCCGUCCGGACUCUGCGAGAGGACAUGCCUUCCCUCUUCAUCAGAGACCUCAACUACGAUAUCUACAGGGACGAUAUAACGUUUCGCGACCCAGCCAACGUUUUCGCGGGAAUCAGCAACUACAAGCUGCUAUUCUGGUCGUUGAGGUUCCACGGCAAGCUUCUGUUCAAGGACAUAGCUGUGGAGGUUUACAGGAUUUGGCAGCCUUCGGAUAAUGUGAUAUUGAUACGGUGGAACGUGAAGGGGAUUCCUCGGGUUCCAUGGGAGGCCAAGGGUGAAUUCCAGGGGACUUCUACCUACAAAUUGGACAGGAAUGGCAAGAUUUACGAGCACAAGGUUGAUAACUUGGCGUUCAAUUUCCCACAAUCGCUCAAGUCCGCUGGUGUUUCCAUUGCCGAUUUGGUUGCUGCUAGUCCUGCUCGUGUCAACCCGACAUUCUUGUUGUGGCACGCCGAGGACGAGAAGGAUGUCCCUGAUUCUGCCUGCUCGUGGUUCGAGUUCUACGACGCAGUGAGAGAGACUGUUGUGCGGGAAAGCUAUGAUGCUCUGCUCACUUGUUGCUCCUAGUGCUCACAUUGAAUGACCCCGAUUACUUACAGCCUGGCUUGUAAAGGAGGAGAGUGCAAGACAGUUUUUGGGCAAAUUAGCAAUGCCAAUGAUGAUGUGCAUGGAACAACGGCAGAGGUUUGGCUGCUGCUGUGUACAUACUAGUAAAGUAUUAAGGAUGGCGGACAAGUUUAGAGGGAGAGCCUUAUUUGGCAGGAGCUCUCAUCAUAUGUCUAGGGAUAUAUUCAGACGUAUUUGCUACUAUACUAUUACCAUAGAUGAAGUAUCAUACUACACUUGACUAUCCAUUGUUCCAGACGAAUUUACAUUUUGCAUUGGCUAAAGGGAAAUCAUGGUGGAUGCAUGUAGCUCGCUGUUGUUGUCACGCUUGAUAUGAUCGUUCUAGCACAUAGGCAGCAUUUUCAAUUUUGAAUCGACUCGUGUGUAGCUCUCUGCUGCCAUUGCCAUCCCUAAGUGUGUUUUACGUUCUUCGCUUCGGAACAGGGGAGCAUUUCUUGUUACUGCAACUCUUUCUAGGUGCAGGUUAUUCAAACCAUCUCAAUUAUACAGAUGUUUGCCAUUUUUUUCCAGGCAAACUGUAGCGGAUAUAUUCAGACGUAUUUGCCAUUAACAAGAAGGAUUUACCUGAAAACCAUAAGUGAAUCAGAGUCCUUUGUGAGUAAGUUCAGCAUAAGCAGCAAGCCAUUCCUAAUUUCCAUCACCCAUGUCUGAACGAAAUGCAACAAAUAUUGAUACUCCUCCCUGUCAAUAAACUCAACCCCACAGCCAGUCAGCCACAAGCAGUUGGCAUUGUUGGGGAUUUCUACUAAAGACACAAUCCGCCU